AUGCAACCAGCAAACGUGGCAAUCACGGCGCACUGCCUCUGCAGAAAACACACAUUUACUGCUUCGGUACCUACAUCAACCUUGCCUCUGGAAGCGACCGUCGACCACAGCGAUGGCGCGCGAUACUUGACUGGCGGUCUGUUCCUCGCCACGGCGCCGUGGCCGACGCCCGAGGAGAACGUCUCUGUCUUGAAAGCAUACGCCGUCUCCAAGACCGUCGAGACCUUUUCGUGUGCCACAUGUUCGUCGCAAAUGUUUCAGCGAGAAAAUGGCCAGUUGAGAGUCAUCACCGGUGUUCUCGGAAAGAACAAGGGACUCGUGCGCUACAGCAAGCACAAGGGCAUGGAAGGCACGAAAGACGGAGGGGCCGCGCCGUGGUUCGGCCAAACCACAGCAUCCGAGCAAGCAACAAGCAAGGCAUGCGCCGAGUCCAGCGAAACGGAACUGCGAUGCCACUGCGGCGGCGUACACCUCGUACUUCACGGCGCGCGUGCCGAAGACGCGGAAGCGUGGCGCGCGAUUGUCGAUCCCGAGUCGAAGCGGUACCUGGCGACGCUCGACGCUUGCGACUCGUGUCGCACGACGGUGGGCUCCGACAUUGUCUGCUGGGCUUUCGCACCGAUUGCGCGCGUCAAGUUUGCCGGCGAGUGGUUCGGGUUUCCGACCAACGUAGCUGACCUCAAGGCCGCUGUCCUGCGAGGCGUGGCGGGGCUCGGCACCAUGAAAGUGUAUGGCAGCUCGCAGGGCGUCGAGCGCUUCUUCUGCGGGCGAUGUGCCGCCUCUGUUUUCUACACGAGCAGCACGCGGCCGAAGCAGGUGGAUAUCACCGUCGGACUCUUGAGGCAGCCCGGCGGCGCACGAGCGGAUGGUGCGCUGAGCUGGGCGCUGGGCAGGGCGGAUUAUCUCGAGGAUGUCAAGGGCGGCUGGCGUGAGACUGUGAUCAACGAAUUUGUCGAAGGCAGCGAGCGGUGGAGGUUGGACAAGGGCGUCGCGGAGGAUUUCCUAAGGGCCCGAGGCGAUGAUUGA